AUGUCGUAAGUAUUCAAAGCAUUUCCCGUCGUGCAACAUCAGAAAGUGAGUGGCCAGGGGCAUUGAUCGGAGGAAGGCGAAAGGAGGCAGGGCUGCUAUAUCGCCGCCGCCGCUUCUCUCUUCUUACCCCCACCCCCGACGGCAAGGCAAGACGAGGCAACAACACACACCAACAAGAACACAGCCGGGAGGCAGGGAGGGAGCGGUAAAGUCGGGGGGGGGGGGAGCGUGGAACCGAACGACCCAAGAGAAAGUGAGCACAAAAGAGAAAGUGAAAUAUCAGUUUCUCUCCCUCCCUCUCCCCUCUCCACCCCACAACAGGCGCGCGCGCGCACUCCUAACCACAAUCCCCCCCCCCCAGCCCCCAACCCUUCGCAGUCGCCACUCAUCAGAGAACGAUUGGCAGACGGCUGCAGUCCUACGCGCUCUUUCCUGGGAGUAAACACUUUGGGGCACAGCGGGACAAUCCGCAGCCUUCCGGGCUGCGAGAUUCUUAAGCGCGCAUCUCUGAACAUAAGUCGCGCUGAAGUUAAUCAGAUUUGCUUCCAAGUAAACGUGUUCAGCGGUUAGUGACGCUUCACCUCCUCCUGCCCCUCCCCGGCCAAAAAAAAGCGUGCCUAGGACUGCAGCCACCCUCUUGGGGGCUUUGGUUUUCAGGGAACUUAAGACUCCCGUGGCAAAUGUGUCAGUCGGACUGUCAGCCGCGCAACCGCAUUCUGUGCGUGUUUACUUCGAAGUAAGCCCCGCUAUGUUCAGUCAAUGACGCUCACCGCCAAACGCAUGUGUGAAGAAUUGAAGUUAUACCCAUUCAUUUCAACAGAACUUCCUGUCAAGGAAGCAAGUGGGGGAAUCCUGCCAAAAGUAAGGACAUUCAUUUAAAUGAGAGCUUUAAGCAAGUGCUUAAUUUUGGCUGCAUCGUGCCCUCCUGUUUGCUUCCGUUGAGUUCCACUGAUUUAUCUGAAUCUUAUGUGCAGAUGGGUUAAUUAAACCUCCAUCCUAAGAAUAUUUAUGCAGACGUAAAUCCCACUAUAUAGGAUUACAGCCGCGCUGCCAGAUCCUAUGCUUAUUUACUCAGAAGCUUCCGGCUGAUUUCAGUGGGAUUUACUUAGGUCAUGCUGCGCGCGCUUUUAACCUUCGGUGCUAUUCUAACCACGCUCACUUGCAAGUAAGUCCCGUUGAAAUCAAUAGGAAUUACUUUCAAGGCAACUGAUGUUUAGCCUUCAAUCCUAUGCCCCACUUACUUACUUGAAGCAAAUGAGUCUUUCUUCUGAGUAGACGUAUACAGGAGGGCGCUAUUAGGUUGGGAUAGGAAGGAACCCACAUUGACUUUAAACACAACUGCACGCCGAUCCUCCUACACAAACUUACCUUGAUGUCCCACUGAGUUCUUUUGGACAUUCAGUAAAUGUGUUUAAGAGUUGCUGCGUUGUUCCCUUGACUGAAAUCAAUGGGGCUUACUCGCAGGGAGGUGCGUAAAAGCUAUGAUACGGCAUGAAUUUGUGAAUCUAUCGAGCCAUGGUGCUUAAGAAAGGGAUCCUGUAGACUUACUUACCGUACUUGGGUUGCACGACUAACACUGACCGGUAAAGCAAGGCUUAAUGGAAAACUGGAGAGGGGAAGGGGGUGGCCCAGUGGGUUAAAAGGGGGAGCGGGGGGGGGAGGACCCUUCCUCCCAAGAGAAGUGACUGCAGGGUUAUUCCUUCCCGCGCAUUAUGUACUGGAACUUUUAGGGGAAGACAAGGUAGAGGGUGCGAGAACAGAAGAAAGGGGGAGAGGAGCCGGGAAUAAGAGGGAGGUCAGCAGAGAAAUUAGAAGGAGGGAAGAUACAAAGGCUCACAUAGGAAAUGCGGCCUGUAAUCCUAAACCCCGGUGCGGACCGCUCGCCCGCAGGUUUACACAAAAAUAAGUCUCGCCAACCUCGGUGAGUCUCACAACUUAGUAACUCUGCACAGAAUCGCAGAGUGAGCUUAACGGACUGACUUCCUGAGAAUGCUGGUCAGGAUGCUCAGGUGGCGGAGAGAGUUGUAAAAGGAGACUUAGGCGGGCUGCAAAGUUUCUCUCGCACUCUUACUUUGGAAGAAGUUCCGUUGACAACAGUGGGGCUUACUCCUGAGAAAGUACAUACAGCAGCAGGCCGCUAGAAGUCACUCGAAACUGGAGGAGGCAAGGUCAGGUGGCAGGCUGCGGUCUUCGCACUCGCACUUGGUCACAGAAAUCCAAAGAGUUUACUCGGACUAACCCUAAACUAACUUACCCGUAACUUGCUUCUGAUUAGACACGGUUAGCUAGGAUUGCGGUGUUGCUUCCUAUUCCCUUACUUAACAUCAACUACGGGGUGCGCUAGAGAUGCAAGGUGGCAGUUCACUAGAAGGAGGAAGAGGGGUGUGUUUUUUUUAGAGUUUUGGGUCGAGCUGAAGAACUCCGCUGAAUUCAACUCUCUCAAAGUGGCCCCUUCGACUUUCGCUGGGCGGAAUCGCGACUUGUGAUGUGUUCCGAAGGCCCCCGCUGGGCUGAAGCUAAGCAGGACCGAGAAAGGGCGAACGUCUGGAUAGGAGACCGCAUGGGAAGCACGUGUACGCCGCCCUGGGUUCCGCGAUGGAGGAAAUAGGAGAUAUUGUAAACAGAGUAAUAAACAUGAAUUGAUACGCGGGUGCUGGGCGGUCGCAAAGGAACACUGGCGCAUAGCUCGAAGUGGGCCAAGAGAACAGGACCCUAAGUUAUGGGUUCAAGCUGAACUGCUGGUUUGCGGUUCCUGAGGGUGCCUUGCCCGAAAACCAACGGGGGGAGGCAUUUGAGGAACUUUCACUUCCUUCCAAGUGUUAAUUAGAAGCCGAGGCUGGGGAAGAGAAGUAGAACUGUGAAGAGAUGGAGAGAAUAAAUCCAAAAGAGGGAGGGGUGUGGGUGUUUAAUGUUGCAUGAAAGAGAAAAGUCUCUCAAUCAUUUUCUUUUUAGGAUUAUUUUUUUUUUAAAAAAGGUGUGUGGGGCAGUCAAACCUUGAAAGAGGCUUUUCAAAGUGCCAGGAGGCGCCGGGAUCAUGUGAGCAACCACCAGUGGAAAAACUUAGCGCGCCUCUCUCGCCCUUUUGAUAUUCUUCGCACCUCGACGCAAGGGGAUGCGAGGCGGAGGGCGCGCGGGGGGCAGCCGCCUCCCCCCCAGGCCCCCAAAACAGAAGAGGCGCUUUGUGGGUCCGCCUUUGUGCUUGGGGGCCAGGCCGGUCCCAUCACCACCUACUGCUUUCGCAGAUCAAGACGGGGGAACUUUUCUGUUUCCAAAAAGCUGCACGCGUUUCCAAAAGGCCAAGAAGGGAGCAUCACUGCUGUGUCUGAAGUCCCCAGAUGGGCGGGUUUGGUUGGGAUCCCAGCACCUACCUGGGCAGAGCGCUCGGCGCAAUAUAGGCAGCCACCCAAAUCCUAAGGAUGAACAGCGAAACAGCGAAUUUGCCCUAAUCUGGUUUCAUUUCAAUUCACGUGGGGAGAUUGAUCCUUCAAAACUUAAUGAAAGCGUUUCUUUUUUUCUCAUCCGCUAACAAGACCACGUAAGAUAUUCUGGCCAUUUAAAUGCCCGCUUCGGAGGAAUAAGUAGUUUUAAGUUUGCAACCCUAUGUACACUUACCUUAGAGUAACUCCACUUACAUUCAAUUGAACUUGCUUCUGGGUAGACAUAUAAAGGGUUGCUCUGAAAAAGUCGAGAUCGCUAGAAAUUUUCUAGUUCUUGUUUACAUUUUAAUUCUGAUAUUCCUCCCCAAUUAAAAAGGCAGUCCUUUGCUAACCUGCAUUCCUGUUUCUCUUCCCGCGUUUUAAUUUACCCGGUUCUUCUGGACAGCUUUUUUCCUCAAAAUUUCCUAAACUGCACAUCUACAACACAUCCUAAUUUUGACUAUUCCUUUCCUUUCAUUCGAAUUGUUUUCUUACCAACAAAGUUUGCGCCUAGCGCCUUCCACGAUUUUCACUAAACUUAUUUCUCCUAGUUUAGUUUAUACAUUAUCACGAGGGAGCCUCGUGCAUUUUUAAAAACCCACAUUUUAAUUGCCAUAAAGUCUGAGAUUCUUUUUCCAAUCUUGUUUUAAUAAAUCGACACACAAAUUAUUAAGAUGUAUACGGAGCAACAUUUCUUCCCCAUCGAGUGAUAAGAUCUAAAACAAAUCCCUAGCUGUUGAAGAGACUUGUGUGAUUCGUAAACUUGCCUACUCCUGCACCCAAAAGACGCAAAGUCUAAGAAGAGACUUAAUUUUACCUGCGGUGUCCCCCCCAACACCCCGAUUCCAACCCGGCUAGCCUUGCCUUGCAGCGAGAUCUAUAAGAAAACGGCCCAAAUGCGCACUUUGCAUGCGUGCGAGGGAACGCCGGCUGCUGCCUGACGCUCUGCCCUCGGAUGCCUGCAUUAUUGAGCCCUGUCGGGCGUGUUGUGUCAAUCAAUGCACGGAAGAAGCAUCAGGUGGGAGAUGCACCAGGAACCAAACUCAUGUCCAUGCAGGCGACCGGGGAGCAUCUUUUGCAGCGCCGGAGGCGUAGAGCGCACGACAAAUAUUUCCAAACUUAGGGAGAACAAAACUCGCCCGCGGGAUACAUUUGGAAUUUUUGCAACCCCGGGGUGACGAUUCUUUUAGUUAUAUCAAAGUGCGGAAAUCAGGAUUAAACAGAUCAAGAGGUACAUAGACGUAUCCCGGCACUGCGCUGCCCUCAGGGUAGAAUUCAACACGCCGGUCUGGCUGAGCCCUACUCUAAACACUGCGCAAUGGGAAUAAGUCCCAUAUUGCCGUUAUUCGGCCUCAUCUUGUGUCAAACUUAAGGAGGGGGGAAAAGUCAUCCCAGCGAAGUGACUGCGAGCUGCUAAGGAAUCGGAUGCCGGUCUCCGAAGGCGGCUUUUUGAUCUGAACGGGACUUUCCCCUACUGGAAGCUGAAGGAAUCCCGGCAGGGCUUUGGAGAACUAAAAACCCCAGUGCCUCUACCAAGCGAUUUCAUGCCGAUCAUCCAGCCACAGUCUUAGUGCUGGGCUGCUGAAUCGAAUGAAGAGGAGACGAGCAAGAUUCGGACUUGCUACCACGUGCGGCCCAAAUCCUAUGCACACAGUUAGGAGCGCCUAUGCCGCUUGAAACUUGUGCAGGACCCUCAACUUUUCUGAGAUCAAGGUUAGGAAGGGAGAGAUGUUCUGUUCUCGGAAGGCUUUCUACAAAUGGUGCAGAAUCUCUCUCUUCCCUGACACUGCUGACUCACACAGGAGAGCUGAGGGAGGCACACUUACCACCCUCAACAUGCUGCCUCACAGGCAAGUCUCCCCAAAACCGAAGGCCUCCCAAGUCCAGGUGUGUAACAUCUCCGGUGCCCCGUCUAGAAGCACAUGGCUGAUCUAAAACCACGUUCAUUCUAUGAAAGCACAAGAAGGCGUGAGGCUACGAUCCUAACCGCUCCCUCGUUACUUGAGAGUAAAUCCCGCUGAAGCUGGCAGGGCUAACUGGGCAAGGAUGCUUUGCUUGGAAGAAAGGCUGCAGUCCUAAACAGUUUUAUUAGGGGCAGCAAUUUUCCACUGAGCUCAGGUUAACAUGUCGGAGUAAACGUAAGUAGGACUGGGCGCAACUCAACGGGGUUCAGCUGCCAGUAAAGUUUUGUGGAAAACUUACCCCACUGGUAAAGUCUACUCUCUCUUUUUAUUUCUCUUUUUUACAGGCUGAGGAAAAUAACUCGAAGAAGGAGGAGUAA